GGCGGCCGCGCGGCGCACUCGGCUGCGCGCUGGGUGCAGUCGCCCGCGCCCGGGGCUGUGGAGCACGGGGCUGGGGCCGGGCGGCGGGGAACGCCGCGCCGGGGGACACAGCAGCAUGAGGCGCAGGUUACCCUGACGGCGUCAGGUGGACGGGCGCCAUCCCCCGCCCCCUCCCCCUCCCCAGGGGCUGAGCGUGGGGAGCAUGGAGGAGAGCAAGGACGAGGCGGCGAACCGGGCGCAUGUCCUCUUUGACCGGUUCGUGCAGGCCGCCACCUGCAAGGGGACCCUGAAGGCCUUCCAGGAGCUCUGCGAGCACCUGGAGGUGAAGCCCCAGGACCACCGCUCCUUCUACCACAGGCUCAAGUCCAAGCUCAGCUACUGGAAAGCCAAAGCCCUGUGGGCGAAGCUGGACAAGCGGGGCAGCCACAAGGACUACAGGAAGGGGAGGGCCUGCAGCAACACCAAGUGUCUCAUCAUCGGGGCCGGUCCCUGCGGCCUCCGCACGGCCAUCGACCUGUCCUUGCUGGGAGCCAAGGUGGUCGUGAUCGAGAAACGCGACGCCUUCUCCCGCAACAACGUCCUGCAUCUCUGGCCCUUCACCAUCCAUGACCUGCGAGGUCUGGGCGCCAAGAAGUUCUACGGCAAGUUCUGCGCUGGGUCCAUCGACCACAUCAGUAUCCGCCAGCUGCAGCUCAUCCUUCUGAAAGUCGCGUUGAUCCUGGGCAUUGAAAUCCAUGUCAACGUGGAGUUCCGAGGACUCGUGCAGCCCCCGGCGGACCAGGAGAGCGAGCGGAUCGGCUGGCGGGCACUGGUGCACCCGAAAACCCACCCCGUGUCAGAAUACGAGUUUGAAGUGAUCAUCGGAGGGGACGGCCGCAGGAACACCCUGGAAGGGUUUCGUCGGAAGGAAUUCCGCGGCAAACUGGCCAUCGCCAUCACCGCCAACUUCAUCAACCGAAACACAACGGCGGAGGCCAAGGUGGAGGAGAUCAGCGGUGUGGCUUUUAUAUUCAACCAGAAGUUUUUCCAGGAGCUAAGGGAAGCUACAGGCAUCGACUUGGAGAACAUCGUCUACUACAAAGACGACACGCACUAUUUUGUUAUGACAGCCAAGAAGCAGAGCUUACUGGACAAAGGGGUGAUACUGCGCGACUAUGCCGACACGGAGCUGCUGCUGUCCCGGGACAACGUGGACCAGGAGGCCCUGCUGGACUACGCCCGGGAGGCCGCCGACUUCUCCACCCAGCAGCAGCUGCCCUCCCUGGACUUCGCCAUCAACCACUACGGGCAGCCCGACGUGGCCAUGUUCGACUUCACCUGCAUGUACGCCUCCGAGAACGCCGCCCUGGUGCGGGAGCUGCACGGGCACCAGCUCCUCGUGGCCCUGGUUGGGGACAGCCUCCUCGAGCCCUUCUGGCCCAUGGGAACUGGCAUCGCCCGCGGCUUCCUGGCUGCCAUGGACUCUGCCUGGAUGGUGCGCAGCUGGUCUCUGGGAGCCAGUCCCCUGGAAGUGCUGGCCGAGAGGGAGAGCAUUUAUCGGUUGCUGCCCCAGACAACCCCUGAGAAUGUGAGCAAGAACUUCAGCCAGUACAGCAUCGACCCCGUCACCAGGUACCCCAACAUCAACGUCAACUUCCUGCAGCCGAGCCAGGUGCGCCACUUAUACGACUCCGGGGAAGCAAGAGACGCCCACCUGGAGCUGGAGAGCCUGGCGAGCCCCCGAGCCACCCCCAAGCUGACACGCCACGAGUCUGUACCUCGUUCAAGUAAACUGCUGAAUUGGUGCCAAAGGCAGACGGAGGGCUACGCCGGGGUCAACGUGACGGAUCUCACCGUGUCCUGGAAGAGCGGCCUGGCCCUCUGUGCCAUUCUGCAUCGGUACCGUCCUGACCUCAUAGACUUUGAUUCUUUGGAAGAACAAAACGUGGAGAAAAACAACCAGCUGGCCUUCGACAUCGCCGAGAAGGAGCUGGGCAUCUGCCCCAUCAUGACGGGCAAGGAGAUGGCCUCGGUGGGCGAGCCCGACCAGCUCUCCAUGGUCCUGUACCUGACCCAGUUCUACGAGAUGUUCCGCGGCACGCUGCCCUCCCGCGACGCCGCGGCCCUGAACGCGGAGGACAAGGCCGUGCUGGCAGCCGGCACCAAGUCGCCCAUCUCCUUCCUGAGCAAGCUCGGCCAGACCAUCUCCCGGAAGCGGUCUCCCAAGGAUAAGAAGGAAAAGGACUUGGACGGCGCUGGGAAGAGGAGAAAGACCAGUCAGUCCGAAGAGGAGGACGUGCCCCGGGGCCGCAGAGGCGGGCGGGCGGCGCUGGGGAGCGCUCUGACUGAGAGGAGGCCCGACGGCGCCCUCGGCAACCAGAACAAAGUCAAGUACAUGGCGACCCAGCUGCUGGCCAAGUUUGAGGAGAACGCGCCCCCCCAGUCCAGCGGCCUGAGGAGACAGCCGGCACAGGAGCGAGGGGCCGGCCGGCCGUCGCGCGGCCCACCUCCGCAGGGCCGCCCCGCCCCCGCCCCACGGUGGAAACAGCGGCGGGGGAAGGAGCGUUCGCGGACCUGUCCCAAAAAAGUGAUCACACUCUCUCCACCCCCCACUCCACCUCCCUACCGGGCACGUGGCGGCCAGCAGACGCGCAGGGACCAUGAUGCCGACCGCUGCGGCAAGCAGCGUCCCCACCGUGAGCGGCCACCGCCUGAACCUUCUCGUCGAUUUUUUGUCGACCAGUGGGAGCUUUCUCUUAGUCUCCGCUCCUCCAGCCGCCCUGCCUCUCCCUCCUCUGACUCCCUCCGACAGAAGUAUAUAAAGAUGUACACGGGUGGAGUGAGCUCAUUGGCUGAGCAGAUAGCCAAUCAGCUUGAAAGGAAAGAACAGCCCAAAACCCUUCUAGACAAGAAGGAACUGGGCUCCGUGAAGAAGGAGUUCCCUCAGAACUUGGGCGGCAGCGACACGUGCUACUUCUGCCAGAAGCGGGUCUACGUGAUGGAGCGGCUGAGCGCCGAGGGCAAGUUCUUCCAUCGGAGCUGCUUCAAGUGCGAGUACUGCGCCACCACGCUGCGCCUGUCGGCCUAUGCCUACGACAUCGAGGACGGUAAAUUCUACUGCAAACCUCACUACUGCUACCGUCUCUCCGGCUCCGCACAGAGGAAGAGGCCGGCGGCGACACCCCUGUCGGGGAAGGAGGCCCGAGCACCCCUGCAGGAGGGCCCCACAGUGGACGCAAGUGGACAGGCCAGCACGGCCGGCGGCCCCGCGGAGAGAACUCCAGGUUCGAGUGUGAACGGCCUGGAGGAGCCCAGCAUCGCCAAGAGGCUGCGGGGCACCCCCGAGCGGAUCGAACUGGAGAACUACCGCCUGUCUGUGCAGCAGGCCGCAGAGCUGCAGGAGGUGCCCGAGGAGACGCAGGCCGAGCACAACCUGAGCAGCGUGCUGGACAAGGGCCUGGAGGAGGGCGCGGCUAGCAGCAGCUCCGAGUCUGAGAUGGAGGAGGAGGAGGAUGAAGAGGAGCCGCCUCUGCCCACCUCGGACCUGGGCGGCGUGCCCUGGAAGGAAGCCGUGAGGAUCCACGCGCUUCUCAAAGGCAAGAGUGAAGAGGAACUGGAUGCCUCCCGGAGCCGCGAACCUGGGGGGGAGGAGGAGGAGCAGGAGGAGGAGGAAGAAGAGGAGGAGGAGGAGGAGGAGGAGGAGGAGGAGGAAGAAGAGGAGGAGGAGGAGGACUACGAUGCAGAGUCCAGCGAAGCCGCCGGGAGCCCGAGGCUGCGGCAGGCCCCGAGCGUGGCCGACCCCCUGCAGAUCCAGGCGGAUGUGCACUGGACGCAUGUCCGCGAGGAGGAGGAGGAGGAGGAGGAGCGCACAGCGCCCAGCUCCGCGCCCUCCGCUCCCCAAGUGCCCGACCGCCCCUCCGCGCGCCGCGCAGCCGUGCAGGCCUGGCUGGAGACAGUGUCCGGAGGCCCGUUGGAUGAGCCCGACCUGGAGGACGUGGACUCCGAGCCGGCGGAGAGAGAGGGGGAGGCCGUCGAGAACGGGGACACGGGGGACACUGGCGCGGAGCUGGAUGACGAUCAGCACUGGUCCGACGAGGUCCCCUGGGAGGCCGAGGCCGAGGCACAGGCAGCAGCGGAGUCGGAGCCGAGGGUCUCAGGAGAGGAGGCAGCGCAGCCCCCUGCCUCUGCACAGCCUCCCAGCAGAGGCCCCUCCCAAGUCUCCAGCCCCAUCCGGUCCCCUUUGGCAGGAGCUGCUCUGUUCCCCCGCGUCCCCAGCCCCACGGCCGAGGGGGCCCGGAUCCCACUCCUGUCUGAGGGGGCCAAGCCGAAAUCGCCCGAGGAGCGCCGUUUCCCGGAGUGCUCGGUCCCCGGGGCGGAAGUUGCCGCUGACCAGAACGCCGUGCCCUCUCCCGUCCAGGCCCCGCCGGCAGCCCUGCCGCCUCCCGCCGCGCUGGCGGCCCUCACCCCCACGCAGCUGCCCAUCUGCUCCCAGCCGCAGCCUUCCUGCGAGGCCGCUGUGCCGUCCCCCACCAAAUCCCCCAUUUGCUUCCAGCCCGGUCCAGCCAAGACGUCCACGCCGCUGGUCCCCGUUCCUGUGGAGACCCGAGGGGAGUCCCGGGACAGCCUGGGCGGCCCCCUGGCCGCGGACGAGGCCGUGCGGCGCAGCGACCUGGUGGCCGAGUUCUGGACGAAGAGCGCGGAGAUCCGCCGCAGCCUGGGGCUCACGCCCGUCGAUCGGAGCACGCGGCCCGAGCUCGGCUUCCCCUCGCCUAUCCUGAAGCCGGUUUCCCUGAAGUCCUACUCGGUGGAGAAGUCCCCCCAGGGCGAGGGCCUCCCUCUCCUGAGAGUUCCGCCUGUUCCCAAGAGACUGGGCCUCCCGAAGUCGGACGGCGACCAGCCCUCCCUGCCGACCCCCAAGUCCCCGUCUGACCGGGAACCGAGGAGCUCCCACGAGGAGCGCAGGGACCUGUCUAGCAGCUCGGGCCUGGGCCUGCAGGGGAGCUCCGCCACCACGAAGACCUUGGGCAGCCAGAGCUUCAACACCUCGGACUCCACGAUGCUCACGCCGCCCUCCAGCCCGCCCCCGCCCCCGCCGCAGGGCGAGGAGCCCGCCACCCUGCGCAGGAGGCCGCACCCCGUGCGUGGGCGCCCGGAGUCGGGGACUGAGUCCUCAGGGACCCCACCGCCUCCACCGGCUGCGGUCCUGCGGCCCCCCCGGGAGCCGGCGCAGCCCCCGCGGGAGGAGGUGCGGAAAUCCUUCGUGGAGAGCGUGGACGACAUCCCCUUCGCCGAUGAGGUGGAGGACACGUUCGAGGACAGGACCGAGGCCUCGAGUCUGCAGGAGAAGUUCUUCACGCCCCCCUCCGGCCCGCCCCCCUCCGGGAAGCCCCUCCGGCCGCCCUCGGCCAAGGAGAAUGGUAGGUUGCCUGGUCUGGAGCGUGGGGUCCACCUGCAGAAGAGGGGGCUGCCCGCGGUCUCCCCGGAAGCCAAGGAGCGGGCCGAGGAGCGGAUGCGGGCCCGGGAGAGGUCCGUGAAGAGCCGGGCGCUGAGGGACGCCAUGGCCACACAGCUGCGCCGCAUGAAGGAGGCGGAGGCGGGCGCCAGGGCCUCCGGGCCCCCCUUGGGGCCCUCCAGAGGCAGGGCCUGUGGCACCACACCCCGCCGCGGCCCCGAGGAGCCCGCCACGAAGCCCAAGGCCACCCGCGAGGAGGUCCUGUCGCCCACGUCAGACUCGGGGGCCCCCGACGGCUCGCUCACCUCCUCCGAGGGCUCCAGCGGGAAGAGCAAGAAGAGAGCGUCGCUCUUCUCCCCCCGCAGAGCCAAGGAGAGGGGAGCCCGGGGGGAGGGGCGGCCCCCCGAGAAGCCCAGCUCGGACCUCCUGGAGGAAGUGGCCGCCAAGCCCAGGUCCUUGUGGAAGUCGGUCUUCUCCGGGUACAAGAAGGACAAGAAGGACAAGAAGAAGAAGGGCGACGACAAGUCCUGCCCCAGCACCCCCUCCAGUGGGGCCACCGUGGACUCGGGGAAGCACCGGGCGUCGCCCAGACGAAAAGCAGAGCUGCAGCUCCGGCGCCCGCUGAGCUUCUCCGAGGACUCGGACCUGUCCAGCGACGACGUCCUCGAGAGCACCUCCCAGAGGUCGAAGCGAGAGCCGAGGACGUACACAGAGCAGGAGCUGAGCGCCAAGCUGACGCGGCGCGUGCAGAGGGCGGCCCGGAGGCAGGCCAAGCAGGAGGAGCUGAAGCGGCUGCACCGAGCCCAGAUCAUCCAGCGGCAGCUGGAGCAGGUGGAGGAGAGGCAGCGACACCUGGAGGAGAGAGGGGUCGCGGUGGAGAAGGCGCUCCGUGGGGAAGCAGUUGAGCCCAGUGGCGGGACUCCACGGCGUAGACCUCUCUCCUUCUGCCCUUGCUGUGUCCAGGAAGGCAUGGGCAAGAAGGACGACCCCCGGCUGAUGCAGGAGUGGUUCCGGCUGGUGCAGGAGAAGAACGCCAUGGUGCGCUACGAGUCGGAGCUGAUGAUCUUUGCCCGGGAGCUGGAACUGGAGGACCGGCAGAGCCGCCUGCAGCAGGAGCUCCGGGAGCGGAUGGCUGUGGAAGACCACCUGAAGACGGAGGAGGAGCUGUCGGAGGAGAAGAAGAUCCUGAACGAGAUGCUGGAGGUGGUGGAGCAGAGGGACGCGCUGGUGGCCCUGCUGGAGGAGCAGCGGCUGCAGGAGAAGGAGGAGGACCGGGACCUGGAGGCCGCCAUGCUGGCCAAGGGCUUCAGCCUGAACUGGUCCUGAGCGCCCACUGCGCGCGCUGGCCGGCCCGCGGCCGCCACUGACCGGCUGGGCCUUCCAGCCACCCAGGCCCAAGAGCCCAGGAGGCCGGCACCACCGGGGCGCUGGCUGGCACUCGCGUCCACGCGCCUCCCAAGUGCCGUCAGGCAUCUACGCGGUGGGAGCCCCAGGUGGAGGGGGUUGUCCGAGGCGGCUCUGCCUCCUUCCGGUCGCUCGCCCGGCUGCCCGCUGCAGGGAGCACAGGCCACAGGGGCAGAGGCGCCGCGCGGGAAGGAGAAAGGCCUGCGCCGUCCCCCGGGACAUGCAGUGACCGCUGCCCCUUUGCUCACGGCCUCGGGCGACGAGAGCAGGCGGCUGCUCCCUCUGCCAACACCACAGCCUCUGGGGGAGCCGCACACAGGGGAGGGGCCUCCUCUUCCUGUCCCCAGAGCAGCACCAAAGAAAUGAGGGCGGCGGCCCAGGAAGCUGCCUGUGAACUGAGGCCU